AUGUCCUGCUACGACCUGUGCUCCACCUCUGCCUCUGGCGUUUACCGCCCCCAGCCCCUGGCUGACAGCUGCAACGAGCCGUGUGUCCGUCAGUGCCCCGACUCCACGACCGUGAUCCAGCCGCCCCCAGUCGUCGUCACCUUCCCCGGGCCCAUCCUCAGCUCCUUCCCCCAGGAUUCGGUCGUGGGAUCCUCUGGAGCGCCCCUUGUUGGGGGCUACGGGGGUCUGUAUGGCUAUGGGGGCUAUGGGUCCCUGGGCUACGGGGGUCUGUAUGGCUAUGGGGGCUAUGGGUCCCUGGGCUACGGGGGUCUGUAUGGCUAUGGGGGCUAUGGGUCCCUGGGCUAUGGGGGCCUGUAUGGCUGUGGGGGCUCCUCCCUGGGUUACCGGGGCCUGUAUGGCUACGGCAGACCCUAUGGCUAUGGCUACUGCAGCCCUUACUCCUACCGGUACGGCAGGUACAACCGUGGCAUCUGCGGGCCCUGCUAA